GACCUCGACGAAUCCGUACCUCGACAUUUUGGCAGAUGGUCGGUUCACAGUCGUGUUCCAGAAACGCUCAGAGGAAUUCCAAUCGCUCUGCCGUGCUGAGUCACUUUUUGAGGAUGUCAAGCGCUUCGUAACGCCCUUGUCCUAUCGCCUUGGCCUUGGCAUGAGCUGCAUGAAGAAGGCAAAGCAAGACUCCGAGGCCACGGAAAGCACGGGAGUCGGACAGGAUGAUGUUGGCAGCCAAUGCCCCGGCUGGGCUUUUAGAGCCUCGAGGCAAGCGCACUUUCCUUGUGCUGAGGAGACUUCGCAGCAGAAUGAAGCGAGUCGCAGACGAGGGACGGAAGCUAACGUGAAGAUGGUCAACAGGGGCGCCUACACCGUGGCCGUGCCAGUCCGAUUGCCUGCUAGGAGUCAGUCGCCCUCGAGAUCGGCCCACCAAACGCCAGACAGGCCCUGUGCAGUGGCCGUGGCCACCGCUUCGGCUACACCAGUGUGCUCCGUCCCUCUUGGCCUCGGCAGGUGCAGCUCGUGCGAGCCACCCAAGCUGCGGCGUGUCACUGUCACGCAGUCCUGCUCCGCACCAUCGCUGUUCCCCCAGCCGCCUCUGCCCACUGCCGAAUCCCAAUCGCUAGCGCAACUUGUUAUCCAGCAGCUGAACGGUCCGGCUCGGCAGGAGCAGCGCUGCUCCGUCGUGCCGCAGCAUGCAAUCCCGCGGCAGCUACAGAGUUCCACGGCCGUGCCCGCAGAACAUGCCGCCAAGGCUGCAGCCAACACUCAACAGACCCAACAGGUCCACCUGAAGGACUUCAAGCCCCUUCUAAGACAACUCUUCGAAGAGGAAAGCUCGCAAACACAGUCGGCCGAGCAGCUCCAAAGCAAGAUCGACCAGCUGCAGGCUCUACAGCAGAUCUUGCAGGUGCAACAGCGAGGCCUCAAACAGCAGCAGCAGGCGCUGCAGCGGCCGCCGGCCGCUCGAACUGCAUGUAUGGUGCGCUCGACUCCCAGGACCUCAGUGGCGAAGGGCCGCUCUGGAAGCGAAGCUCGCCGGCGGUUCCUGCUUUGA